UUUCACUUUUUCCGACCAAACAAUCAUUAUUACUAUGACAACGAUACUAUUUAAAACCAUCCCAAUUACCACAAAGCUAACUAACUAUCAAUACAACCCAACAGAAAAACCAAACAAACAAUAUAUCCAUCAAACAAAACAGUAUUCCAAAAUAAUUCAUAAUACAAAUUUUCCUAUAUCCAGCCAAAAUAUUUCCUAUCACCGUUGAAAAGCUGUGAUUCACAGGUACGAGUUCUACAAGAAGAUGAGUUCAAUUGCUCGAUCCUCAAAGCACACGCGAUCAUUGGUCGAGCGCAGGGGCGAUCGUUAUUCAUGUGUUCAUUAUGCAAAUACAAUUGUACGUCUAAUAAUAAGCCCGGGAUACUUUUCAAUGAUUGACAACAGCGUUACGCUGCAUGCAAAUGCAAUCCGGCCGACGGCUGGCUCGCCUUCCAUCGCGAUUUACGGUCUACAAUGGCUCGUUGGUAGUCGUGCUUCGUAUAUCGGCUUAUUAUAUGAGCGGCGUACAUCAUCGCUUGACUUUCUGAUCGAGUUUGCCGGCUAAUAGCAGGAAACAGUGACCUUCCAUGUAGACAGUAGCGUCUCGUAACGUGGCCAGUAACGUGUUCGAUUGUUCGCCGGACACCGGCGGUCCUAUGGUCCCUCGCCGAUCGUUUAGAAACGCGAAUCGCCGGCCAGAAAUCGGCCGGUCAUAGAGAAAAACAGGAUCAUAGGCGAAACCGACGCGAGAAGCGACUGUAAUUAUUCUUCCUACAAUCUUUUACACGAUAAAGUCGCUCAAGUGAUAAGAUGUAACUCGACGCUGUGUUCUUCACUGAUAUGUACGCUUUCGAUGACGAUGCCUUGGAGCUAAUGAAUAAACGAACUUCAUGCGACGAAUGUCUGCCUCGGAAUAGCUCGAAUGUACGAUGUAACUUUUUAUUUUAGUGUCUAGCGUUAGUAUCAUUUCAACGCGAACUUCGAAUGGGCUUCAGAAGAAUGCAGUACGAGGUGGGAUGAGUCGGCGAAGAUGUGUGUUCGCCGACUAUCGAGGAAAUUUGCGUUUGCGCAGGAUUUCCUUCGCCAUUGAUCUCAAAUAUACGCUCGGGGUUGGUUGUUCGUACGUUCACACACAGGAAAAUAGCUGGUUAACGUGAAUGUGUUUCUGUUGUGUGGAGGUGGACUGCUCCUAACACCUGCUGCAUCCCCUGAAUCUCUACGUCACGUGGAUCAGACGAGGGAAGCGUGUGAAAAUAAACAAAGAUGUACGGCCUAAUACUAGAGAACAUGUCCGAAUAUAUACGGCAGGUCUACGGAGAAGACAGAUGGGAGGAGAUUCGUCGACAGGCGGCCGUAGAUCAACCAAGCUUCAGUGUUCAUCAGGUUUACCCUGAGAAUCUGAUACCGAGAUUAGCGAAGAAGGCAAUUCAGGUACUUGGCAUAACGGAAAAAGAAUUUUUCGAUCAAAUGGGUGUACACUUCGUAGGAUUCGUUGGCCAGUACGGUUACGAUCGUGUGCUUUCAGUACUUGGACGUCAUGUAAGAGACUUCCUUAAUGGGUUGGACAAUUUACACGAAUAUCUCAAGUUUUCCUAUCCGAGGAUGAGAGCUCCCUCGUUUAUUUGCGAGAAUGAGACACGCCAAGGCUUGACUCUUCAUUACAGGAGCAAGCGACGUGGAUUCGUUUAUUACACGAUGGGGCAAAUAAGAGAAGUAGCUCGUCAUUUCUAUCACAAGGAAUUACAGAUCGAGCUCGUGCGCGAGGAGGUCCUUUUCGACACGGUGCACGUGACCUUUCAACUUACCUUUGAUAACAGAGCGUUCACGCAAGCUUCCCUGGCCAUGACUCGCGAGGAGAAGCAUUUGCCAAUUGGAGCCUCAGUCUUAUUCGAAAUAUUCCCAUUUUGCAUUGUGUUUGGGUCAGACAUGAUCGUAAGGAGCAUUGGAAAUUCAUUGAUGGUAAUAUUGCCCGAUCUCGUCGGGAAGAAAAUCACGCAUUUCUUCGAUCUCGUUCGACCGCUGAUCGCGUUUAAGUUCCAUUCGAUAUUAAACAGAACGAACAACAUUUUCGAACUCGUAACAGUAGAACCGAUUCUCACGGAGCGGCCAGCCGAUCGACAGAGGAAUGAAGUCUUAUUGAGCGACGAACUCGAUUCUGUCGACGAUAGAACUUUAAGAUUGAAAGGCCAAAUGAUAUACAUGGAUAAUUGGAAGAUGAUGAUGUACCUUGGAACUCCCGUAAUGCCGGACUUAAACGCCUUAAUAGCGACUGGCCUUUAUAUAAAUGAUCUUUCCAUGCAUGACUUUAGCAGGGACCUGAUGCUCGCUGGUACGCAACAGUCGGUGGAGCUCAAACUAGCGUUAGAUCAGGAGCAGCUGAAGAGUAAGAAACUGGAGGAAUCCAUGAGAAAGCUGGACAAAGAAAUGAAACGAACGGACGAGUUACUUUAUCAAAUGAUACCGAAACAAGUGGCGGACCGAUUGAGAAAUGGAGAAAGUCCGAUAGACACGUGCGAGAUGUUCGACAGCGUCUCGAUUUUGUUUUCCGACGUCGUUACCUUUACCGAAAUCUGCAGCAGAAUCACACCGAUGGAAGUCGUGUCUAUGCUAAACGCAAUGUACUCUCUGUUUGACACGUUAACAGAAAGGAACCGGGUGUAUAAGGUAUUCGUUGAAACAAUCGGCGAUGCGUAUAUGGUAGUGUCCGGUGCGCCUGUGAAGGAAAACGACCAUGCACAUCGCGUUUGCGACAUGGCAUUGGACAUGGUCGAAGCGAUAACGGACUUAAAAGAUCGUUCUACAGGUCUUCAUCUUCAAAUAAGGGUUGGAAUUCAUAGUGGCGCCGUUGUGGCCGGAAUUGUCGGCUUGAAAAUGCCUCGAUACUGCCUGUUCGGGGAUUCAGUGAAUACAGCAUCGCGCAUGGAGGCGACGAGUCAAGCGAUGCAAAUUCAUAUAUCGCAGUCUACGCGAGAACUACUGUCGCCAUCGUACAAAGUUAAGGAACGAGGGGAGAUAGAAGUGAAGGGGAAAGGUACAAUGAAAACCUAUUGGCUUGAAAAGAGAGAGCACAGGUCGUCGACGACGAAGGGCAUCACAAUUCAAGAACCACCGCAAUGGCACACGCGAACCAUUGAGAAGAGACUCUCCGCGGGAACAUCCGCUGGAUUCACGGCCACUACUAUGUUCGAUACUCAAAACUGUUUAGAAACUGCGUCUAGAAGAGGUUCUAAGAUAGCUUCGCCGAUACUUGCGGACUCGUCGUUCCUUCCCGAAGAAAGGAGAAUCUAUUCGCCGAUCACAUUUCAAGAUGUCGCUCGGAGAUCGGUUGCUAAUUCGCCGACGAAGAACGCUGAUACGAAAGAUUGCAGGUCAAAUUCCAUGGGUGCCGUGAUCACCAGGAACAUGGACAUGCUGAACUCUCUUUUGAACGAUACAGAGGAGCAUUUCAGACAACACAGAGACAGCCUGUCGCCUCGAGUCGAGAACCAGUCGGUCCUGGUGCACACGAAGACGGAAGUGAACGUGAACGCGAGCUCGAGUUCAUCCUCGGAGGAAUUCCGCGAGGAGAGGGUUCAGGCGGACGUGUCGAAGCGAGAGAAGAAUGCGUCCUGCAAGAAGAGCAAAGAGAAUUAUUCGAAGUUCCACGGCAACGUGAACAAUUCGCAGUCGCUAACGCAGCAGGACCAAUGUUGCCCCGGCUUCAGCAUGUCGAAGAGCGGCAAGACGCGUCAUCAAAACAACGGCUGCAUCGUCGUCUAAUAGGCAACUCGAAGUUCACCGCACGAUUCUGCCGUCUCGACGAGUCCGAUUCAUUGACGAAGCUUCUGUCGAAUUUAGUCGAACUCGUGUCCUCUUUGCAAAAUGGGAUACCCUCUUUCCAAUUGAUCGAUUGAACGCGGCCGGUUGUCUCUAACCGCCGCCGAAAUUAUCGAUGAAACACGUUCCGCACGCGGGCACCGAUGAAUAUCAAUUAACUGAAUACAUUACAUCAAUAUUCGUUUCAUUAGACUCGAUUAGCACUCAUGUAAAUGAACAAUCGCUUUGGCUAGGUUGAAUUCCACUUGCGAAAAUCGAUUGUUUAAACUUGAUGGUUGAAUUAAUCGUUUCUGUCGACUUGUCGGGUAGCUUGGACGGGUCGGCGCCUCUUGAAAUUCGUAACGAACACGUGCAGUUGCGGGUAGAAGUAUUCGUGCAGCGAGAAAAAUUCAAGAAAUGUUGUAGUCCACGACGGAAUAAUUUUAUUUAAUGAAUAUUUGUAUAUUGUAAUACUCAUGCUGGUUAUUAUAUGUGUUGGUCGCUUUUCACCGAUUACGAUGACCUUGGAAUGCGUCGUCGAGAUCGUCGUUCUGAACGACUUUCGGGUGUUCGAUCUUCCGCGUCUCUUUAGGAUUUGUCCUUGACGUUGGUCUUCGUCCUUGAGAAGAGUGACGUACUUGGAAAUAUAUUUCAAGAUCGUUUACGUCAACGAGGAGGCGGAACUUCUUUGCGAAUAAUUUGGAAACUAAAGUUGAAAGGUCGCAACGCGGAUAUACGAAGGUUGCUCAGGAUCGAAUCCCGGAGGACACAUUUCAAGGUGAUUCAAAUCGGCGAAGAAUCGCUAAUGUAAAUAAUUGCCGUUUAUACUCUGUAAUGUACUGAACAAUUCGAAUAAAAAUGCAUAAUAUCGUAGUAUCUUAAGUGGACAACAAUAUUCACACAACUUUUAUCAGAAAAUUUCGAUCUCGUCGAGAUUUCGCUUGCACGUAUAAUGUAACUUACAGACUUUCACCGGCUCUUUCGUACGGGCGAGGGAAUAGUCGAGGAAGAAAAGGAAUCGAGUACUUAGGAAAUGUUUAAACACGAUGCGUUAGGUUCCGAACAUUCUCACAAUUGAACUACAGAUUUUACGCAAUAGAACUGAGAACAGUGAAACACGAAAUUGGAUAAUCUACUUGAAUUGUAUCUUAAAUGUAAUUGUGUAAGUACCUACUUCGAAGUAGGUUAAUAUUAAUAGGUUAUGAUAAGUAGGUUAAUAAUAAAUUCUGCUUACUGAUACACAAGAAAUCCGUACUACAAUAUAAGGUCGAGUUGUCGAUGUGUUUAGCUGCGAUGAUUUUCAUAUGUAUUGUUGGGGACACGAUGUUGAACAACUUUGUCCCUUGCAUGUUGUCAACGGAAUGCUUUAGUUUCGAAGAUAAUUGCGAAAAACUUUUGCUACUACUGCACUGAAUUCUGUAUUCGUGUGCGCGCCGGUGAGAGAGAAACAAGUACAACCGCAUUUAACUGGCUUGCAUCCAUCAGCCCUCAAACUUCAAUGAAAGUUCGUGACAAAGAAGAGGGAGGGAGAGAAAGCCGCGCCCAGCCGAGGGGAGGCGGAGCCUAACGGUGGGAGGGAACGGCUCCUAGCUGGGCGAGUGGUGUUAACCGAGAGAGGGCGGACCAGGACAAACGUGGGCGGAGUUAACUGUGAGAGGGGCGGAGCUACAUGAGAGAAGGUCGCGACCAAUUCGAUGGGACUGAUGCUGGGCUGGGAGGAAGCGGAGCUAAACUGGGAGGAGGCGGUGCUAAACGUUGAGGGGCGUGGUCGAUCUGGCGAGGCCGAAGCUGGGCUGAGAGGAGGCGGGACUAAGCUGGAAAGAGGCGGGGCCUAGCCGAGGGGCGUCUCCCCUUGCCUCAGUGCAUUUAUAAGUUUUAACCGACGUACUACUAUAGGCGAAUAGUUAAUUCUACAUAAAUAUUCUAAUUAUAUUAUAUAUAAUUUACAUAUAUUCAGUGUAGCAGUAGAAAGUUUAUCGCGAUUAUCUGGGAAACUAAAGCCUUCCGUUGACAACAUACAAAAGAAAAAGUUAAAAAUUAUGUCUCUAAUAAUAUAUUUGAGAAUCAUCGAAAUCGAAGCUAAGCUCAUCGAUAACUGCACCCAAUACAAACAUCUGUAGUUUACACAUGAGAACUUCUAUUGUUUUCUGAAGUACUUAAGAUUCGAACAUAUCUCGUUAGAAUUUAAUUACACUUACAAGUACUGAUUUUAUUCUUGGAAGUACUCACGCAACGUACCGGAUCUAUUUACUAGAUCCAACAUUUAUCGAAAAGAUUCUCGCACUACUAUCAGUGGAAAUGUCACCACGUAAAAAACUGCUUGGAAAAUAUUUUGAUAACAAUUUCAUCGCAGCUAGAAAUCGGUUAGGUUGACCGACGAUGACCGAACUCAACUUCAUGCAUUAAUUUCAUUAGACCCUGAAUAUUGGGAUGAUAUCAGUAGACACACGAAAAGGGAACAAGAAACAAACGUGCGAAGUCGGAGUAGAGUGAUUUAGUCGUUCAAGGUCGCAACGAUGGAGCUAAUGAACGAACAGAUACAUCUGCCAGUUGCCCCGAGAAUGAUCGUUUCUGCUGUUGUUAAUGAACACCGAUAUGUCUGUACAUAGAUGAUGAUUAUUAGGUCAAUGCAUAUGAAAUGUGGGUUUUACUGAUUGAUAUGCGCGGGAUUAGGAGCUACCAGACCGUUAACGAGCGUGAGGAGACUACGAAACAUACAAAUGUCGCAGUGCUCGAGGAAUUUAAAUUUGUUUAAAACACAACAGGCCAGUCGACGAAUCUUCAGAUUGCGAAAUCGAGUUCUGCUCGGCUGGAGCUAUUUUCUUAGCAUUCUGUGUAUAUCUUUUUGCAUCGCAGAGACGACCAUGUAAACCGAAUGUCUGGCAACUUUUGGCUAAAAAUAAAAAUUAUAUGUACCUGCGAAACGAAGUUUUAUAUGGGAAGUUAUUAUAGAUCUUUGAACGUUGAAAUGAUAGGGUAAUUUUGAAGAAAAGAAAAUGCACUUCCUGUGAUAGAUCAGUUUUUAUGGAAGGUUGUUUGUAAUAAACUGUUCUAUACAUUGAAUUGAAAUAAAACUCAAGCUAACUUAACACGUUGACUGACUGACAAAAUUGCUUAAAUACAAUUACAAUAAGAAAAGUAAUAUCGAUUAAAACUACUUAGUAAUACAAACAGGUAGAUGAUAGUGUAACACGUGUACUGUGAUACCAAGUCAUUAAUAAUUAUUUCUAAUAUCAUUUGCCUCUGUUAUGAAAGGAUAUGUAUUGUUACACAAAACGUUCGAAAUUCUCGUGGCAGUUAACGUGUUAACAAUUUGGCAGAUAAUCUAGAGAAAUAGGGAAAUUAUUGUUUAACAGGGAACUCGUUUAUAAAGAGGCAAAUUUUCUAAAAUUCUGAAAAAUUCAGGUCUUCGUUAACAUUUGCAGAGAUGUUAUUUUGAAGAAUGCGGAUAAUGUUCAAUGGAGUAUCAAGUCUCAUUAAAUUAGCAUUUCAGUUGCACUGACCUACUAAAUGAUAUCGACAAGUAUAAAAUAUAAUUGAUGAUAUUUUCAACAAAUAUAAUACUUCAUUUGAAGGAAUAUUUAUAUAAUUCUUAUAAUAUAAAUUUAUCGAAUAAUUUACGUUACACAAAUAACUGUAAUACAAACGAUUAUUGGAGUAGAAUAUUAUAAUUAGAGCAGAAUAUUCAUAAAUAGAAUAUUCAUGUCACAAGGGUUUUAUCGAAUGCAAAUGAAAUUCAAGUUCUAAUUAGAACAAGUAUCCUCGAGCGACGAAAUGCGCCUUCUCCGACUGUAUUUCGUUGUUUCCGUAUUUAAGACUUCCGAACGAAACCAGUAACGAAACGCGUACCAUUAAUCGAAGGUGGUCUGCAAUUGCGAAGUUGCAUCCUAAAGUGUCUUAAAUAUAACAUGUAUAUAAAAUAAGAUAAAUUAUCGUGCAGAGUAAUCGUGUUAAAUACUAUACCUUCAGGAGUCGAGUGUAAUUGACUUUCGAAGAACAGUUUUAUUCUGUUUCACUUGUAUAAAUACUUUGCGCAUUAUUAUUUAUACAAUCGAUCGUACACCUCGUGGCCGCACUUACUCUAAUUGUCGCUAUUGCUUUCAUCUACUGUAAUUAUCAUUAUUCUAUCUGAUACUGCCUAACUGUUCAUUUAAACGUGACCAUUGUAAAAUAAGAAACCUGUCGAGCGCAGCGUUCAACGAGCCUAGUAUUUCAUUUGAUCAAACGUCGUCAGAAUUGUCUGUCGAUGAGAAAUUAUUCUU